CGUCGUUUCCGUCAUAAAUUCACGGCGAUGGCUGGUUUGUGAUUAUAGCUGAUGGAUAUAAAUCAAGUCUAUCACUCGGGAAUCUUGAGAGCAUCUCAUCUUACACGUUACUGCAACAUCUCUUUCUCCCUGCAUUGCCAGACUUCUGUUCCUCCCUGAAAUAGAGAAAGUGUUGUUGUAGAAUAUCUUUUUAAAAUGCUGUCUCAAAUCUUGGUAUUCUUUUACCUCUUAGCCUGCUCAAUAUUCGGCGUGCAAGCUAUGCCAAAGGAAGCGCAUUACCUUCGCAGACACGGCUAUCUCUACGCUCGAAUUCCAGUUCCCAGCCUGCGCCUACCCCGUUGGUCCCGGAUGAACGAAGAGGUGCAGAAUCCAAACAGCUGGCCAGACAGCCGACUUGAAGAAGGUUUAGCACACACAAAUGCCUAUGUUGCCGAAAACCAGUUUCUGGAAGAUGAUAUGGAAUUAUACAGAUUGUAUGACGAGCUCGCGACUCCCUUCUAGGCGUGGAGAUGCCUCAGUAAUGGGAAAGCGUGCUGGGUAUUUGGUGUAAUUAUUCUCACUUAUUGGUUGCAAUUUGGAAUUCAUAUCAAAUUUUGCAAAUUUUCAGACAUGGCGUGCAACACCAUUUUUACAAAGAAUAAGGAAAAUUUUUAACCCCAUUGCC